AUGGCCUCUUCACUGUCUUCCGAUGCGGGAAGUAUUCAAUCGGACAUGCAAACUUACGCUCCAAAAGAAAAAAUAGCUGAAGACAGGGAGGACUCCGGUACGUUUUUGAACAAAAUCACCUCUGUGCGCUCUAAAUCUUCAACAGGCAGGAAUUCUGACGGCGAAGAACUCCGGAAAGUCAUCACGCAGAACAGCAGUAAGAUCGACAAAGUUCUCGCCCGUUAUGAGUCCAAUACACAUGGUAUUGGUCCCGUGGAACCCGCUCUAGAUCUCGAAAGAGAAGAGACUCACCCAGGACCAGCAUCCACUAUCCACCCAGAGGACAAGUGGAAGUACCCCGUAGAUCAAGAGACCGGACUCAGAAUUGUAGAGUUUAUCGACGAUGAUCAUGAAGACCCCAGAAACUGGCCAAAGCGUCAAAAAUGGAAUUACACUAUUCUGCUAGGAGUUGUCUGCUUCGACGUCGCGAUGAUGUCUGCGAUCAUCACGGGUGAUCUUGAUGGCCCGGCUGAUUAUUUUCACGUCUCUACAGAGGUGAUGUGUCUCUGUGUAUCACUCAUGGUCUGGGGCUUUGGUAUAGGACCUCUGCUGUUUGCGCCAUUGUCAGAGGAGUUUGGUAGAAACCCUGUCUAUCUGGUGACCUUAUUCAUUGCUGUAGUUUUCAUUGUCCCAUGUGGUGCGGCCAAAAACAUCGGAACUCUCUUAGCUUUCAGAUUUCUCGAUGGCUUGGCAUUUAGCGCUCCAAUGUGUCUGAUCGGUGGCUCCUUGAGUGAUAUGUGGAGAAAUAACGAGCGUGGUGUAGCCAUGUCAUUGUUUUCAGCGGCUCCAUUUAUUGGUCCGGUGAUGGGCCCAAUUGUUGGAUCUCUGUUAUCUGUCAAAUGUUCCUGGAGAUGGGUCUACUGGUUCAUGCUGAUCUUUAGUGGGUGUAUUUACACAGUAGUGGCAGUCUUCAUGCCGGAGACUCAUCACCAAACAAUCCUAAAAAAAAGAGCCAAGAAAUUGCGCAAACUCACCGGAGACUCUACUUACCUAGCAAUUUGCGAGAUCAAAAUUAGAUCUCUCAAGGAAAUUACCCAAGAAACGCUCUUAAGGCCUGUCAUUCUAUUAUCAGAGCUAAUUGUUUUCCUGAUUACGAUGUACAUGUCCGUUAUUUAUGGGCUACUAUACAUGUUCUUUUUCGCUUUCCCCAUGGUUUAUACUGAGGGCAAACACUUUGGUGCUAUCAAGACGAGCAUAAUGUUCAUCCCUGUUGGCGCUGGUGUUAUUUUUGCUACAGCAAUAUCUCCACUUUUGAAUAGAGAUUACAUCAAAAGAGCUCAACCAUAUUGGGAUAGGGGAGAAAUGCCACCAGCCGAAUUAAGACUGAUUCCGAUGAUGAUUGGCUGCUGGUUUGUGCCCAUUGGACUGUUUGCGUAUGCAUGGUCCUCUUUCCCCCACGUUUCGUGGGCAGGUCCUUGCUUCAGUGGCUUUGCAUGUGGUUUUGGGUUUCUCAUGCUUUACAAUCCCGCAAAUAAUUACAUUGUUGACUCAUAUCAACAUUAUGCCGCCUCCGGUCUUGCCGCCAAGACUUUUGUGAGGUCAAUUUGGGGCGGUGUUGUUCCCCUCUUCACCAUACAGAUGUAUCACAGACUAGGACUAGAAUGGGCCAGCAGUUUAAUGGCAUUUAUUGCACUAGCAUGCUGCGUGAUUCCUUAUCUUUUCUAUUUCUUGGGCGCCAAGAUAAGACUAAGAUCCAAAUAUGCCUACUCUCCUGCUUUGAACACAGGCAAAAAUGAUAUAGAAUUGCAGCCUACAGAAAAGGGGAUUAUAGAGAAUUCAUCUGUUUCCGAUAAGUCAGCAGUGAAAGCGUAG